AUGAAUACCCCUUCCAGCCACUCUUCGCCCACGCUUUCUGUUUUGUCCCCGAUCGCAGAUAUACCCAUCAGUACCCCGCCUUUCAGUGUUUCACUUGCCAUACCACUCUCGCCGCCUGCCUCUGAUUCUCACACAAGCCAAGACUUGUCUCCCUCAUCCCAGCACGUUCCCGAACUUUCCCCUCGUGAUCGCUCUCCUUCUAAUCGCACUCUGAUUACACCUACCGCGCUAUCCGCCGCGGCCCCUCAAUUUCAAAGCAGGCUACUCAAUACCUUCAUCGACAUACGGCAAAUCACUUCUCAGCUUGAAAACUCCAGUCUUAGCGUGCCCGACAAGCCAACUACGCCUCCCAUCCUUUCUCUCGCCGUUGAUCAGCAGGACAGGACACCCCCUGCCGUCCAGCCCAUUUCUCCUCUACGGACUGUCUCCAGCCCUCUCAUUCCUAUUGAUCCUUCCUCUCCGCAAGUCCAGCUUCCUUCCCCCCAUCCCGAUAUCCGAUCAGUCGUUCCCAAUUCGACUCGAAGCUCCGUUUCUUUGGAGGAUGAGCAAUCUGAGCUUCGGACCCCGAAUGUCUACAUCAACGGUCUUCCACCCAAUUUCCCCGAAGAAGACCUCCUCGAGAUGACACGCAAAUUUGGGGAGGUCGAGAGCGUCCGCACAUUUACGCGGCACGUCUGCGACAAACCUUCAUUCAAAACGAUAGAAGCUGCGGAGAAGUGCAUCGAGACGUUGCGAAAGUAUCGCAACCUACAUCCGUCAUUUUCUAAGCAAAUUCACAAGAUUCCUGGCACGGUCUACUCUUCGCCUUCAUUCUCGUCGACUGUCGUUAGUGCUGGGGUGCGCGCCCCUGCAGAUUCGUUCAAAGCGCGGAUGGAACAACUGAGGGACAUGUCGUCGACAAAUUUGUAUAUGGAAGGCCUACCGCUGAACAUCGAUGAGCGGAGCUUAUCAGCAUUGGUGAAUCCGUAUCGAAUUAUGAGCAGCCGUUUUUUUCAGACGAAGCUGAGUAAUCCGCCGAAGACAAUUGCGUUCGUGCGGUGA